UUGUCUUUAAAGCAUGAUGAUAAUAAAAAGUCCAUAGCUUUUAGUUCGCUCUGCAUUAAUAAUAACAAACCCUCACACUACUCCGUCUCACUAUCACUCUCUAUCUUCAUCUCCAAACACUCUCCGAUCUCGAGCAAUGGCCAAGCCUCACGGUGGUCAUCGUCGUCCUUCAAACCGAACAAAUCUAGCUUCUUGCGCUGUCGCCACCGUCUUCUUGCUAUUCCUACUCGCCGUCUUCCUCAUCGUUUACUUCACCGUCUUCAAGCCAAAAGACCCCAAGAUCUUCGUCAACGCCGUCCAGCUCCCGUCCUUCGCCGUCUCCAACAACACUGCUAACUUCACAUUCUCUCAGUACGUCGCCAUUAGAAACCCUAACCGCGCCGCUUUCUCUCACUACGACAGCUCCAUUCAGCUCCUUUACUCGGGUAACCGAGUCGGGUUUAUGUUUAUACCCGCCGGUAAAAUUGAGUCUGGGAGGACUCAGUACAUGGCCGCCACUUUCACCGUUCAGUCUUUCCCCAUUUCUCCUUCUUCCUCCUCCUCCGCCAUAGCAACCGUCUCUGCUGCCGUGGUUCCAGAUUCUCCCGCAAUGCCCGGUUCUCCGGAUUUCACUGUAACUCCGGGUUCUCCGAGGAUACCAGAUUCGCCGGACUUUCCCGGAGAUCCAGAAACGCCGGAGUUUCCAGGGAAUCCGGGUCCUCCGAGUAAGCCCGGUUCUCCGGAUUUCCCCAGAGACCCAGGAUCUCCGAUUACGCCGAGAAAUCCAGGCUCGCCGGAGUUUCCAGGGAAUCCUCCGAUAUCUCCAGGCUCUCCGGUGGUUCCAGGGAAUCCCGGGUCGGGUUUUCCGAGGAAUAUGGGUCCACCGGGUUUUCCAGGCGUCGGAGCUCCUCCAGGAUUUCCAGGGAUCGGAGCUCCUCCGGGAUUUCCGGGAACCGGAGCUCCGCCAGGUACGCCGGUGGGAUUCGGAGGAGUGACGGGGCCAACAGUGGGGGAUGGAUAUGCGAAUCCAGGUUACGGGUAUGCGAGCCGGGUCGGACCAACGAUGGAGAUAGAGUCGAGGAUGGAGUUAGCGGGUCGGGUCAAAGUACUGAACGUGCUUACACAUCACGUGGUUGCUAAAUCAGAUUGUCGGGUUACCGUCUCUAUAGUCGAUGGCUCCGUCUUGGGCCUCCAUUGCUGAUUAAUUUCCCUAUUAUUAUUAUUUUCUUUUUCUCUCUUUUUUAGUUUUUUUUUGUCCCUAAUUUGGUUUCUGCUACGUUUGAGAAAAUUAAUUAGAAAUUGUAAAAAACGUAAUUUUCCUAUUUAAACGAGUAAGUUCAUAGUGUAUUAGUGUUGUUCAUGCAAAUAUGGUAAGAAUUCUAUCGCCUUGUAAUGAUCCCAAAAAGCUGGGUAUUCUGGGAGCAAGGCUGGAUUUCUUUUUAA